UGGUUUUUGUGGGUGCAAUAUUGGAACCAAAAUGGGAAGAACUACUUAUUUGGACAACAUGGUUUACCAUUCUAGGAUUCUUGAGGAUAUUUAGCAUGCUUUGUCGAGAUAGAUUUGAGCAUCUUGCAUUAACCCCAAAUACACCUGUUCAAGAUCAUUUGCGCAUUUUGUCACUUUUGAUCCUUAUCUUAAUCUCGGAUAUAUUUUGGUUCAUAAUGUGCAUAUCAAUUUUUAGAUCGAUGUUAUUACUUCUGACAUUUGAGUGCUUUACACUUUUCCUGGAUACUGUUCAAACACUCGUGAAAUACGUAAUUCAUCUAAGGGAUCUUUCUAGGACUGGUGUUUGGGAAUCUCGUGGACUUCUUUUAUAUUAUACAGAAUUUGUCACGGAUACUUUAAUACUUGUUGCCACACUUGGACAUUACUUGCAUAUAAUGUUCGUGUCCAACUUGUCGACGACAAUUGUUAAAAGAAGAUCCGAUAAAACAAAACCUAAUACAGAUGGAAGUUCCAUUUCUCUGAAUAGUGAUGGCCCAUCUGUUGUUUUACAAUGCACUAAUGAUCCGGCUUUCAACUUUUGGCAAUGCAACAUCC